AUGAAGACAGGGCUAGUCCCUUUCAAGGAGACCCUCCCUGGAGAGAUGAGCCCUGAGUGUGGUCAUUUGGGAACAGGUAAAAAUCAGUGCACGCAGGACUUCCAGGAGCGAGUCUCUGCAGGGGAUGGUCUCCAUGAGUAUGGAUCGCGGAGGGACCCUUCAACUCAUGGAGGGAAGAACCACAAGUGCAAGGAAUAUGGGAACGGGUUUGAGAACAAUCAGUUCCUUCUCCAACAUAAGUGGAUUCACACUAUAGUGAAACAGUCCACGUGCAGCAAGUGCGGGGAGGCCUUCCUCAGGCAGGCAGUGCUCACCAGCACCGCCGAGUGCGUCAGGAAGGCCUUCCGCCGCAGGUCACACCUCAGGGACCCCUGGCGCAUCCACAAUGGAGGGAAGCUGUACAUGUAUGGCGAGUGCGGAAAGCCCUUUGCCCGCCGCUCUGGUUUUGAGAAGCUCUACGAGUGCAGCGAGUGCGGAAAGACCUACAGCCACCGCUCAACCCUCACCACUCAUCAGAAGCUCCACAGUGGAGUAAAGGCCCAUAAGUGCAAGAGAUGUGGGAAGGCCUUUUACCGGAACACAGACCUCGGUCAACAUCAGAGAACUCAUACUGAGUUCCAAAAGAGACCUUUUUAA